AUGACCGCAGAGGAAAGAAAGAAUGACUACGAACUGAGACAACUAGCGCGUGAAAGAAAUAAGGCAAAAGCAGUCGUGAAUGGGUUGUGUACCGUGGGCAACUCAGAAAAGUCUCAGAUCUUCCCCGGAGAAGAUUGGAAAACGCUUGAAUUACUCGAUUCUCACUACUCGGUUAGUAAUGCCAAGCAUCACCUUCAUUCCCAUUCAUCUUGCGAUGCCCCUGACAGCAAGAGGCAAAGUAUCCCUGAAUCUGAUUCUAACCACAUUAUGCUAGGUGCUCCUGUCCUCCUUUUCUGCACUUUACUCAACGCUCAAAGUCUAGUGAACAAACUCAACCACCUCCAGCUGUUUCUUUCGAAAAAUGAACCUGACCUAUUGUUUGUUACGGAGACCUGGUUAACAUGUAAGAUCAAGAAUUCUGAAGUAUCAUCCCUGUUUGUUACGGAGACCUGGUUAACAUUAUCGUCCCGUCUACCGUAUGAUGUAGUACGGUUGGAUAGGAGUGAUAAGAGAGGUGGUGGAGUUUGUUGUGUUAUCAAGAAUACACUUACCUCACGAAUCGUACGUCACGACAUUCGCUCCAAAGCUGAUGUACUGUGCGUUGAUAUACUACCCCACUAUGGUUAUUCCCCCUUCCGAUUUGUUAUAGUGUACCGCCCUCCCGAUUCUCUGAUUAGUGAUGACGAAAAUCUCAUUGAGUUGCUCGCCACCUUUAUAAGUACUGAACGUGAAACUGUGGUACGGGAACCAACCCAUGAAAACCGGAUCCUUGAUCUCAUUCUCACUACUACCCCUUCUAUUACAAACGUGUCACUGAUGCCUCCUUUGUCAAGCUCUGACCAUUGGGUUUUACUCUACCUAUCACUACCCAUGCCGGAUUACCAUAACGUGGACUACGCUUCCGUCGAUAACAGCCUCCAUAACGUAGAUUGGUUCACGGUUUUCAAAGGCUAUGAUUCGAUGUCUGACCUGUAUCGCAAAAUUUGUACAACGACGGCUAGCCAAGCGUGCUUCUAUGAAGAAUCUUCACCAAUAUAUCCGUCACAAAAUGAAUGA